AUGGACGUUGACAGCACGACAGCAGAUCAUUCGAUGGAGGCUCCUCGUGAAGGGGAACUGUUGCUUCCUUGGGUGGAAAAGUACCGACCGUCAUCGCUGGAUCAGCUUGUGGCGCACGAGGACAUCAUCCGGAUGAUUGAGAGGAUGAUGGCAAAAAAGACAUUGCCGCACAUGCUGCUGCACGGCCCUCCGGGUACGGGCAAAACAUCGACGAUCAUGGCCCUGGCCAAGACAAUGUACAAACAGCGAUACAAGUCCAUGACCUUAGAGAUGAAUGCCUCCGAUGCGCGUGGCAUCGACGUGGUUCGCGAGCAAAUCAAGACCUUUGUGAGUGUGAAGCAGUUGUUUGGCUCCGUGGACGGGCAGCCGAAGCUGGUAAUCCUGGACGAGGCUGACAACAUGACAAGUACAGCGCAGUUUGCCCUGCGGCGGAUGAUCGAGCAGUAUGCUUCCAACUGCCGCUUUAUAUUGAUCUGCAACUACAGCAGUAAGAUCAUUCCAGCAUUGCAGUCGGUCGCGAUGCACAAAGCUUCGCUUCGCGCCACUCUCAGAGGAACAAAUCCUGGGCAGGCUCGAGUAUGUUGCAAAGGCAGGACCUUCCGAUCCACAAGCCAGCAAAGCCGGUGGGGAGUUGUUGUGAUCGCUCCCAUCUUCAAGUUAACGCUCGAUCAAGCCGCAUUGAAUCUGGUUUCCCUGACCCAGUGCGAAAAGAUCCAGCUGACACAAGAUGGCGCAAAGGCCAUUGUGCAGGCAUCGAAGAAAGGCUUAUGUUCCGGCUCCACAUCUUUAUCUCCAAGCUGUGAGGUUGCGGGUGGCGACAUGCGAAAGGUUCUGAACGUCUUCCAGACCACCUCCAUGGGCCGAUGCCUCCCAGAGCAGGACCGCCGAUUCGACCCGAGUCCCGAGUGGCCCAAGGACAUGGUGGUCGUGUGGAUGCUGGCGCCGUGUACGCUUCGACAGGGGUUCCAGCUCCGGAGGUGCAAUCAUGCGCUGAGACGCACUUCUGAGCAGUCACCGGGCAUCGCCGUCUUUCGUUGCUCGCUCCAGGAGAUCGCCCACUUUCUGCGAACACUUCUGAAUGGCACGGUGUCGUAUGCUGCUUCUCUGAAGUCGCUGAAGAGCCUGCUGCAUGCCAAAGGCUACGCUUUGGAUGACUUCUUGCAGCUGAUGCACAAGCAGAUCGUGGCCCUGGACUUGCCGGUGCGGCAACGCUUGCAGUUGACGGUGGCCCUGGCCGACGUCGAUUGGCGUCUGAAGCAGGGAUGCAGCGACGCCAUCCAGCUGGCGGCCAUCGUUGGCAUCUUCCACGAGGCAGGGAAGGCAGCGGGGCCCAGGCUCGGCCCAGGCCCAGGCACUUCUUGGAUUUCUUGGUUCGAGUUGCCAAUCCGGGGAGCCGAGCACUGGCGAUUGGCAAAACAGUCCACAGGGCAAACAGCGCCGAACCUUUUGCCGGCACUUAAGGCCUCUGUCUCGUUUUGUCUCCGCAGGAAUUCGGGCUAG